AUGUCCAACAUGAACGCGCCGGAUCUCGGCAAACGAACGUGGUACCGUACGACUUUUUUCAAUGUCUCGGUUGUCGCAGUAUGCGCCUUCAUCGCUCCAGGCCUAUGGGCCGCGAUGAACGGGCUGGGCGGCGCAGGUUCGGCAGAUCCGUACUAUGUGAAUGCCGCCAACGCCGUGAUCUUCUGUCUACAGUUCCUCGUCUGCAUUUUCGGCAGUUCCCUCAUUGCGAAAGUCGGUUUGAAGUGGGCUUUUGCAUUUGGCAUGAUCGGAUUCCCUAUUUACGCUUCCAGCGUCUACUGCAAUAUCAAACUCGGCAAUAGCUGGUACAUCAUGCUCGCAUGUGUGAUUGAUGGAGUCUCUUCGGGGAUGUUUUGGUUGACGGAGGGAGCGAUUGUGCUGGCGUAUCCGGAGAAACACCGACGAGGAAAAUACCUGGCUUAUUGGCUGGCUAGUCGCAUCGUCGGUCAGAUGAUUGGAGGAGCUGUUACUCUCGGAGUAAACGCAGACAAUAAAGAGAAGGGGCAUAUCAGUGUGCAGACAUACUUGGUCUUCAUUUCGAUCCAAGCUAUUGGGCCAUUUAUUGCUGCGAUGCUUUCUUCGCCGGAGAAAGUCCAGAGGUCGGACCGGUCAAAGGUGGUAGUCAAUCUACCUCAAAGUCUCACAACUGAACUCCGGGCUAUGUGGAAGCUACUCGGACGCAAAGAGAUUCUCCUUCUCCUACCCAUGAUCUUCCAGAGUGUCUUCUCCGAGGCGUUCUUCUCUACCUACAACGCAACUUAUUUCACAGUGCGAUCGCGCGCCUUAUCUUCUCUGGUUGCGAGCACUUGCGUGAUCAUCGCCAACUUUCUGCUGGGUUUCUUCCUUGAUUGGCGUAAGCUGACCCUCAACACCCGCGCCGUAGCUGCUUUUGUCAUCAUCUACGCAUUUGAACUAUCGCUCUACAUCUAUGCGAUGAUCAUCAACAAAGAAUAUGAGCGUGAAGCUACACCUCGAGUUCUUGACUGGACCGACGACGGUUUUGGACGCGGUGUCUGCGUGUAUAUUCUCAUGCUCGUUGGAUUCAACCUCAUGUACGACUAUCUCUACUGGCUCAUCGGUACGAUCAAUCGUGAUGGCGGUGAUAUUGUUCGACUGAGCGCCGUUGUUCGGGGUGUCGAGAGUGCUGGUCAGGCCAUCUCCUACGGCAUCAAUUCAAUCGAUACGUUCAAACUCUCAGGUGCUGUUGCUGUCAAUCUCUCGUUCUUCGCGGUCUGUAUUGUUCCAUCUGCCUUUGUCAUUUUCCGAAUUGGCAUCAUUGAUGGUGUCAAAGUACACAACAUCCAGCAGGACGAGGCGUUGCAGGAUCCUAUGGCUAGGAACGAAACUGGGGCAGGUUCCCCUGACAUUGUGGAUGCGCCCGGUGUCAAGGUCGAUGACGAAUCAUGA